GAGAGAAAGGACAGAGCUUUACAGAGAUGGAGAUGAAGCAGAUGAAGUUUCUUACUCACCAAGCUUUCUUCUCCUCUGUUCGAUCAGGAGAUCUUAGUCAACUUCAACAGUUAGUUGAUAAUUUAACCGGAGAUGAGUUAAUCGAUGAGUCAUCGCCGUCUUCUGCUGUGGCUGAGCUUAUGUCUGUGCAAAAUGAUGCCGGAGAGACCGCCGUCUAUAUCGCCGCCGCGGAGAAUCUUGAAGAGAUUUUCAGUUACUUGAUUAGGUUUUGUAGUUUGGAAACAGUUAAGAUCAGAUCCAAAUCCGACAUGAACGCUUUUCAUGUCGCUGCUAAGCGUGGUCACUUGGGGAUUGUGAAGGAGCUACUGAGACUAUGGCCCGAGCUUUGCAGAAUCUGCGAUGCUUCCAACACGAGUCCGCUUUACGCAGCUGCGGUUCAAGAUCACUUAGAAAUAGUAAAUGCUAUGCUUGAUGUUGAUCCGAGUUGUGCAAUGAUCGUGAGAAAGAAUGGGAAAACAUCUCUGCACACAGCGGGAAGGUACGGGCUUCUUCGGAUAGUGAAAGCUCUCAUAGAGAAAGACGUAGCAAUUGUUGGUGUUAAAGAUAAGAAAGGUCAGACCGCUCUUCACAUGGCAGUUAAAGGGAGAAGUUUGGAAGUAGUUGAAGAGAUUUUGCAGGCUGAUUACACAAUAUUGAAUGAGAGAGAUCGAAAAGGGAACACUGCUUUGCAUAUCGCUACUCGAAAGGCGCGGCCACAGAUUACGAGCUUAUUGCUGACGUUUACGGCGAUUGAAGUCAAUGCGCUUAACAACCAGAAAGAAACUGCUAUGGAUUUGGCGGAUAAGCUUCAGUAUAGCGAAUCCGCUUUGGAGAUAAAUGAGGCUUUAGUUGAAGCUGGGGCUAAGCACGGGAGGUACAUUGGUCGGGAAGAUGAGGCGAGAGCACUGAAGCGAGCUGUAAGCGAUAUCAAACACGAGGUGCAAUCGCAGCUUUUGCAGAACGAGAAAACCAACCGCCGUGUCUCUGGGAUCGCGAAAGAGUUGAGGAAACUCCACAGAGAAGCAGUUCAGAACACCACUAACUCGAUAACUGUGGUAGCGGUUCUGUUUGCAUCGAUAGCGUUCUUGGCAAUAUUCAACUUGCCGGGUCAGUAUUUCACGGAGGGGUCGCAUGUGGGACAAGCAGAGAUCGCAGGGAGAACUGGAUUCCGUGUGUUCUGUCUUUUAAACGCGACAUCCUUGUUUAUAUCACUAGCGGUUGUGGUAGUUCAGAUAACCCUGGUGGCGUGGGACACACGGGCGCAAAAGAAAGUUGUGUCUGUGGUAAAUAAGCUAAUGUGGGCAGCUUGUGCUUGCACGUUCGGAGCAUUUUUGGCGAUUGCGUUUGCGGUUGUUGGAAAGGGAAACUCGUGGAUGGCGAUUACCGUGACAUUGCUUGGAGCACCGAUCUUGGUAGGGACAUUGGCGAGUAUGUGUUAUUUCGUGUUUCGGCAGCGGUUUAGGAGCGGUAACGAUUCUCAGAGAAGGAUUAGGAGAGGGAGUAGUAAGUCGUUUUCGUGGUCUUACUCUCAUCAUGUUUCCGAUUUUGAAGAUGAAUCAGAUUUCGAGAAGAUUAUUGCUCUUUGAAAUCUCGCAACACUAUGUUGCUGAAGCAUCUGUGUAUAGAUCGUCUCUUCUCUUUACCUUUUUUCCAACGCAAGUCUGUGUUGUAUUCUUAGAAUAAAAAUCUUGUUGGUAC